ACAGCUGUCAGCUAACUUCAGUAUCUUGUAAAUAAAAUAAACAAAUAGUUGAAUUCAAAUUAAUUAGCAUAAAAAAUGAUGAGAAUAAAUGUGAAGAGAAAAAAACCUAAUGAAUUAUUUGAACAGUGGCUAGAAGAAUGGAGAGAUCAGGCAAAAAUAAAAAAGUCUAACUUAGAAGAUCAUUUUUCAAGAGCUUUAGUGUCAUUAAAAAAAUACCCGCUACCGCUGGCUUCUGGAGCUGAUUGUAUUUUAUUGCAAAAUUUUGGCUCUAAAUUAUGCAAAAUGUUGGACAAAAAAUUGGAAGAACAUUCUGGUAGGAACAAAAUUUCUAGUCAAGAUAAAAUAGAUAAAGUGAUUCUUAGAAAAGAAAAAUGUCCUGAACCGGCAAAACCUAUAGCUAAAAAGAAACCAGCAAAGCAACUGAAAUUAUUUGAAGAAUUAGAAAAGCCGGAGACUUCAAGUGCAAUUGAUAAUUUUUCCAUGUUACCACAGACUUUUGAUGUUAUUUUGUUGGUGGAUAAUAAUGAGAAAAUUACAAGCUGUUCAUUGGAUAAAAAUAGCGGGAAGGUACUGUAUGAAGUGAGACAUCUCAAGGUUGGAGACUUUGCUUGGAUUGCUAGGUGUCGAGAGACUAAGAAAGAGUUGGUUCUUCCUUAUAUUGUUGAGAGGAAAAGAAUGGAUGACUUGGGAGCUAGUAUUAAGGACAGAAGAUACCAUGAGCAAAAAUUUCGAUUAAAAAAAUGCGGAGUUGAUAAUGUUAUUUAUUUAAUUGAAGGACUCAGUAAAUCACGACAGCAAUAUAUAAUGCCAAUGCCGGUCUUAUUACAAGCAGCAGUAAACUCAUUGGUGCAAAAUGGAUUUACUGUUAAGUUUACUAAUAAUCAGAAAGAUUCAUUGAACUAUCUGACAGGUUUGACUGCAGCUUUGACUCAGAUUUUCAAUGAUAAACACUUAGAGAAGUGUUCUAAAGAAAAUAUUCCUCCUUGUUGUUUGUCGGAUGACAAGAUAUUUCUGAUGGAAUUUACCGAAUUCAAUCAGUCAUCUUCAAAAUCAAAGAUCCACAGCGUGAAAGAAAUGUUUGUGCGUCAAUUACUUCAAUUAAAAGGUCUGUCAGUAGAACGAGCUCUCGCAAUCGUUCAAGUUUACCCAACUCCAUAUUUAUUGAAGGAAGCAUUCACCAAAGCGGGUAAUGACGGUGACAAACUAUUAGCAAAUUUAACAUUCGGACGAGUAGGUCGUAAAAUGGGGCCAGUAUUAUCGCAAAUAUUAUAUAAAUUAUAUACCAGUGAUCAGCUUGAGUAGAAACUAAGUGACCUUAUCAACAGAAUUAUCGGAAGCAUUACUCUCUUUAUCAUAACUGUGUGCCCUAGCGAGACUAGUCGAGCUGAGCAUAA